AAGAGCGAGAAAGCGGAAGCGCACGCCGACGCCGAUUUGGAAGACGACGUGAAAUAAUGAAGAAAAAGAGCCGAAUCCGUGCUCCUUGGAUUGGACUUUACCCUUGGUCACAAUGGCUACCCGGAUUCGGCUUAAGGUCCAGAGCCAGAAGGUGAACGCUCAGCAUGCCGCUCACUACGUGGCGGAAGGAGGCCGGGUGGCUUGGUUGCCGCGGCGACGCUUCAGAUGGCGCCAGAGUCCGCAGAGCAGAGGCUGAGUGAAGGCUUCAAUCCGAGCCGGUGGCGGAAAGGUGCGAAAAGCCCGCUCGGUCGCAACUUUGGGCUGAGUCACUUAGAAGGGCCGACACGCUUGAGUCGUCCCCCGGGAGCCGCGCUCAGUCGUCCCCAGGAGCCGCGCUCAGAGUCAUCCCCCGGACCCUCGCUCAGAGUCAUCUCCCGGAGCCACGCUCCCUGUGUUCCCGCCUCGGCCGCAUGAAGGCGAGCAAAAACUUGGCCUGGCCUGGCCACGGGUAAGUGCACAGACGCUCAGUCCCUUUUUCGCCAAAGCAAAGCAAAGUUUCACGUGCGUAAGCGUGCGCUUGCUGUGUUUGGUCCGUUUCCCUUGAAAAGCCCAAAUCAUCUCAUUUUGCCGGUCACCUGCCAUUUCUGAUGCAAUCGUUGUGUCGAAUGGGAUUAGUGUCUGCGAAAAAAACAAUUCUUGUAAACGUAUUUGAUAAGAUUUGAAUUUGUGCACACGGCGGCGCCGUGCAAAAUUGACCUCCCAUUCGGUGUAAAAGAAGGCCUCCCUCCCUCGUCAAGGCGUCAUUGUGAGAUGGAUGAUAGUGAUGGCAAGCUCGCAAUGACAAAAAUGUAUUGAGUCUGGAAAUGUCUUUUUUUUUUUUUUUCGUCUCGGGCGCUCUCUCCGCUUCUCGUCUUCUUGCGCUUGAUGGCUGAUCCGGAGCGAGAUCCGGACCAAUCAAGGUCGUGCCUCGCUCUGGCUCUGGCUCUCUCUCUUUCGCUCUCCAUCACUUGGGCUGUCCUUAUAAGGGCAGGCCCCGCCCCCUUUGCCACCACGUCACGGCCGUGGGCUUUUGGGGUUUUGGCGCCGGGUCCUGCGGGGCCACGGGGCUCAGAGUUCUUUUCCUUCUUGUCCGCGCUCCAUCCUCUUCCUCGCUUGGUCUUUGGGGGGGCGGGGGGACUCUUUGCUUUCCGCUUCAUUUUUUUUUCCAUCUGGCUCUUGAAUUCCCCAAUGAAAUUUUUCCUCGCCGCCGCCACCAGCACCUGGUGAAAGGUGAAAUCGCAACAGCCCAAUCCCGGCCAGCGGCCAAACAUUUUUGCGGCCGGGACACCUUUGCUACUUGCAAAAGAAAAAAUCAAAGCCGACGGACAUUCUUCUCGCUGCCUCUCGGGCGCGAUGUUUGGGCUUCAGGACGGGCUGGCGCGCGGCUCAGCGCCGAGCCUGAAGGAGGAGCCCUUGGCAGCUCGCUCCUGGAUGCAGUCGAGCGGCAUGCUGGAUGCCAUGCAGAGUGGGACGGGCUUAGCGCGAGCCCACUUUGAGAAGCAGCCGCCGUCCAACCUGAGGAAGUCCAACUUCUUCCACUUUGUCUUGGCGCUGUACGACCGGCGGGGCCAGCCGGUGGAAAUGGAGCGGGCCGCCUACGUGGACUUUGUGGAGAAGGAGAAGGAACCCACGGCCGAUAAAACCAACAACGGCAUUCAUUACAAGCUGCAGCUGCUCUACGCCAACGGCGCGCGAGGAGAGCAGGACCUCUACGUGCGACUCAUUGACUCCGUGAGCAAACAGGCCAUUGUCUACGAGGGUCAGGACAAGAAUCCGGAGAUGUGCCGAGUUCUGCUGACGCAUGAGAUCAUGUGCAGCCGCUGCUGCGAUAAGAAAAGCUGCGGAAACAGAAACGAGACGCCCUCCGACCCGGUCGUCAUCGACAGGUUCUUCCUCAAGUUCUUCCUCAAGUGUAACCAAAAUUGUCUGAAAAACGCCGGAAAUCCCAGAGACAUGAGGAGGUUUCAGGUGGCGGUGUGCACAACGCUCAACGUGGACGGCCACGUCCUGGCUGUCUCCGACAACAUGUUUGUGCACAACAACUCCAAACACGGCCGUCGAGCUCGGAGACUGGACCCGUCUGAAGCGUGUCCGUGCAUCAAGGCCGUCAGCCCCAGUGAGGGAUGGACCACGGGGGGUGCCACCGUCAUCCUCAUUGGAGAGAACUUCUUUGACGGCCUUCAGGUGGUCUUCGGGAGCAUGCUGGUGUGGAGCGAGCUCAUCACACCGCACGCCAUCCGUGUGCAAACCCCCCCGCGCCACAUCCCCGGAGUGGUGGAGGUCACCUUGUCCUACAAGUCGAAGCACUUUUGCAAAGGGGCGCCUGGACGCUUCAUCUACACAGCUUUGAACGAGCCCACCAUCGAUUACGGCUUCCAGAGGCUACAGAAGGUCAUUCCUCGUCACCCCGGAGACCCUGAGAGGCUUCCCAAGGAAGUGCUCCUGAAGCGAGCGGCCGACAUGGCAGAGGCCUUGUACGCGGCGCCGCCCGGCAACCAGGUGACUCGCCCGCGCCGGCGCUGCGCGUCGGGACGGGCGGCCUUAUUUGCGAGGCAUUUGGCGGCGCAGGAGACCAUCCUGAAGCGAGCGGCGGACGUGGCCGAGGCCCUCUACAGCGUCCCGCGCAGCCACGUGGCCCCCCCGCACGCCAUGAUGGGAGUUGGCUCCUUUGGCGGCGCCCAGCUGGGGCUGGACCUCAACGACGCUGCUCAAGGUCAAAGCGGCUACGCUCCCGGCAGCGGCCAGCCGUCCCCCAGAGGGUAUGCCCCCAGCCCCCCCAACCAGCAGAGCAACUACGGCGCCUACGGCAACAGCAGCAUGCCCAACCUCGGCCUGGCGUCUUCACCCAACUUCCUCAACGGAUCCUCCGCCAACACGCCCUACGGCAUCGUGGCGACCAGUCCCACCGUGUCCGGCUGUAGCUCCGGCCACGGCGUCUUUGCCUUCUCUGCCAGCGUAAAAACCAAGAGCGCCUUUGCUCCCGUGGUGAGGCCCGGCGCCGCCGCCGCAGCAGCAGCAGCCACCCCGCCCCUGCCGCUGACCAACAACUGCGGACUCAACGCCGGACUGCAAGCCAUGUCAGGCCUGGUGGUGCCGCCCAUGUAGAAGGAGGACGGACGGCGGGCGGGCUGGCGUACAAGCCAGUGAGAGGAAGCGGCAGCGCCGUGCGCUUGUCCGGGCCGGCGGAGCGAGCGCCCGUGUCACGUCGGCAUGCCAACGAGGCAGGGCGACCGUUUUGGACCAGCUUGUCUCGACAAGCCUCCCUCUCUCCAUCUCUCUCUCUCUCUCCCCCCCCCUCCCUCCCAUCAACUUCCUCCUCUCGCACCUUUUCUCAUUCAUGGUGUUUUUCUAAGCAGCUUGGUAGCCUUGCCUUGCCCGUGCUCUUUCUGUCUGUUGUUUUCCAUCCAGACAAAAAAAAGAAAUGUGUACAACUGUGCCUCAUUGAACCAUUGGUGAUGUUUUUCCUUAUGCAGAAUAAAAGUUCUUUAUUUGA